UUCUCUCUUGCCUGAAUCAUCUUGCCUAUCUGAUACCCAGUCUGCACGACUCGUCGCGGCUCCCCUCUAAUCUGUAAUCGCAUACCAUACACAUUCCUACGAGCUUGCCCUCUAAUAACUAUUGUGUAUUUUUUCGGAUGUGACAUUGUCAUUCACCCCUUAAGUCUCUGAUAAUUAUUGUCGUGGCUGUCUUUUAAUUACCUCAUCCGGCCCGUGACCUCCCGAUCUGAUGUCUUUCCCAGCAAAUGGAGCAGCUCCUGCUGCAAAUGGCCAUCACUCGGCCGCUAGCCCGUCAGUAGACGUCAUCUGCGGCCCUCUAAUUAACUUCAAAAAUAUGGAUGUCACGGCUUCCUCCUCAGUAUGGCGUGGAAGCAUUCUGAUUGUGACUAAGCCCGGCCAGAGCCCGCCUCAGCUAGUUAUGCGCCAGGCGGGUCCUGUCGAUAGCAGUGGCCUCGCGAACGGCACCCAGCCCAAUUUCCAGAGGUUUGUGGCUGACGGACUUCGUCUGUAUGAAGACCCUGAGAAAGCUUUCUGGAGAUUCUCAAUUGCCUUGGCCCUGGAACAGUAUGAAGCACGCUGGGAAUACACUAUCCCAGGAUUCCAGUAUGCGAACGGUGAGGAGCUUCCUCCGCCGUGGGACUUUGUGGUUCCUUCUGUCCACCAGUCGAUGCGUCUGAUGUUUCACUCUUGCAAUGGCUUUUCCGUCGGCACCGAUAUGAACGCAUGGGUUGGACCCAAUCUGUGGAACGACGUUAUGCGGGUGCAUGGCCAGAAACCCUUCCAUGCCAUGAUCGGUGGUGGUGAUCAGCUCUACUGCGACGGAAUCCGCGUCGAUGGGCCUUUGAAGGCAUGGACGGCCAUCGCAAACCCCCACAAGAGACGGGCGCAUUCUUUUGACAACGACUUAAGAGCUCAGUGUGAUGAGUACUAUUAUGCAAACUAUGUCAGGUGGUAUUCCAUCAAGCCGUUUAAGACAGCAAAUGGCCGUAUUCCACAGAUCAACAUCUGGGAUGACCAUGACAUCAUUGACGGUUUUGGUUCUUACACGGAUCAUUUUAUGCGCUGUUCGGUGUUUCGGGGUAUUGGUGGAGUUGCGUUCAAGUACUACUGCUUGUUCCAACAUCAUAUCGCGCCGCCCAAGUCGACGUACACUACAGACGCUCCGCAAACUAUGCAUGCCGUCAAUGGAACCGCCGGUGCCGAUCCUCGACAGCUGGAAAACACCUAUGUUCUGGAGGGACAAUCGGAAGAUGACAGCUGGAUCAUUGGUAACCGUCCCGGCCCUUAUGUUGAAGAAAAGAGUCGGAGUCUCUACAUGCGCCUCGGCAAGCGGUUCGCUUUCAUCGGCGUCGAUGCGCGGACGGAGCGCACGCGUCACCAGGUCAAUUACCCCGAUACAUAUGACCUCAUCUUUUCCCGGCUUGAGAGUGAAGUAUUAGCAGCCGAAGGAGAUAUCAAACACUUGGUGGUCCUACUGGGGGUCCCGAUUGCUUACCCCCGACUCGCAUGGUUGGAGAACAUUUUGAGUUCUCCUCUGAUCGCGCCCAUCCGAUUGUUGAACAAGCGAUUCGGUUUCGCAGGCGGUUUGUUCAACCAAUUCGAUGGUCAGGUUGACCUCCUGGACGACUUGGACGACCACUACACGGCACGUCAGCACAAGAAGGAGCGAAGGAUUUUCGUUCAACGUCUUCAGGACUUCGCUAAAACUCAUUCCAUCCGUGUGACAAUCCUAGGUGGAGAUGUGCAUCUGGCAGCCAUUGGUCGAUUCUACUCCAACCCAGCUCUUAACCUUCACAGCGAACUCGACCCCCGAUAUAUGGUCAAUGUCGUUAGCAGUGCAAUCACCAACAAGCCUCCGCCAAAGGCUGUAGCCAAUCUCUUGGCACGCAGAAACAAGAUUCAUCAUAUGGAUCCAUACACAGAUGAGACACUGAUGGACAUUUUCGAUCGACAGCCUGGUGGACAAGAGAAGAGUGCCUCUUGGAAUAAGGUUACGAUGCCUUCACGGAACUUUGCCUGCAUCACCGAAAUCGAACCUCUUUACACAAAUGGAGACGUCCCGGUGGCGCCGAAUGAGCAGGCCUCUUCAUUCCCUUUGGCAAAGGACGGUCAUUCACCUCUUCACCAGGGUGAAGCUGAGGCCGGCUCUAGUCAUCCCGCCGCAGAUGGGUAUACCAGCAGCGGAAGCAUGCCCGGAGGGUUGGACAUUGCUAUCCGAGUAGAGAUUAACCCACAGAACAGAGAAGGAGCAACCGAUGGUUACGGGUUUAGCAUUCCUGCCCUGGCCUAUGACCCUUCGAAGGACGCUUCUCGUCCAACUUCGCGCGCCCGAUCUCUGCGACCUCAAUCUCUUCGCCCUCCUUCGCGACACUCUGCACGGCCUCAGACCGCCAAUUAAUCACUGAAAUACUCCUUUGCAUGAACCAUGCCAGAUUCUCCUAGCAUUUUGAUCCGUUGCUCUUCCUAAGUUUUUCGCCACCGUGGUGGCUUUCCCUUAUGGUCGAGUGUUGAUGUAGGAUAGGUUUUGAUUUUGUUUAUCUGGUCCUCUUUCCUGAUUCCCCAGUGUAUCCAUUGCAUAAUUAUCUUCUUCUGCUUCGAAUAUCAAAAUGCUCUACUAGUGAUGACAUCGAUUUUUCAUGUUUCUCAUUCCUCGAUUACGUCCUGAGGGCAUUUCCGCUCAUCCCUGAUCUUCGCCUCCCUUGCUUACAGCCCUGCAAAAGCGAUUCAACACAGAAGAGGGUGGUUAACCAGUUAACCAUACCCGAUAACAGACUUUCCUCUAUUUUUCCCCUUAUCUCUCGUCCAGCUACCGCAGACGAACUCACUAUCGCCACGAGCCAUUCCAGGUUACAAUAGGCAGAGAACCCCGCCUGC